UGACGAGACUGCGCCCAUCAGUGAGAGACCAGCAGCCUGAACAAUGGCAGCAUCCAGCACCUGAAACACAGAUGGAGACAGGCUGGAGCUGGUGAGCGCUCUUCAGGGGAGAUUUUAGGACGCAGUCCCGCUGUCUGCUGUCAUUUGAAAUGGAGUGUUAGAGGAGGAGAGAAUCAACGGGCUGUUUUCCAUCACUGACGGGAGGCGCAUCCACCUGCUCUCUGACUGGAGGCCCGGGAUGCGCGCAAACAUGCACAAGUGCCUCUGAUAAAGGAGAUUAUUCAUAUAUAGCAGCUGAUUUGGAGUGCGAAGCCCUCGGCAUUAAGAAAUAAACACUGAGUGCACAGAGAAUGGGUAAAAUGGGUACAAAGAUGCAGUUCUCAAGCAGAUCAUCCUCCCAUUGAUGGACAGGAAACAGACCCAUGUCAUCCUGCAAGAUUUGGGCUCAACAGAAACCAAUGAACUGGACCAGACGGGAUCACAUAAUGUGAAGUUAUCCAAACUCAUAUCGUGCCAUAGAUGCUGCCUCACAGAUGCCCUCCAAGUCUGCUAAAUUAGCGUACAUACUGCCACAGCAUUACAUUGGCCUUAAUGGACCAACACGUCCCAUGGCUACUGUCAACAAAAAACCUAUGAGAGGACAACUUCACUGAUGAGUCCUCAAACCACUGGAUAUCCCUUGCACCCUGUACUACCAAGGCCUUGAGCCCCCUGGGCCUUUCAGAGACGCCCGCAUCCAAACCUGUUUCACUAUGAUAGAGCCCGCAAGUAUCCCUGGCCUGACACAGGACUGUCUGAUUCAGCAGAGUCGCACCUGUCCGGGCUGCUUCAUUGAGACCAAGGAUGUGUCUAAUGGAGAGCCAAGUAUCAACCUUAAAAUGGCUGACAUGAACCGGGACUACAGCAGCUGUCCGAUCUCUGAUAUCAAUAUGCAGUGCAUGAGCACAAGUGAGACGAGUUAUGGAGAACAGCUCCUCUCAGAUCAGCUUUUGAGCUUUCCUGUCCCCAAAACCCAGUUGCUGGAGAAAAAGGACACAGAGAAAGCAGACUUAGAUGAUUCAGCAUCCAAAAUCCUGUAUGAGGGCCUGCUGUUAGACAAGUGCAAUGGAGAGGAUGGCUUGCUCACCAAUCCAAAUCAGGACUGGGGCUACUUUGAGUCCUUCAUUAGUGAGAGUAAGAUGGAAUUGCUGGAUCUCUGCUCUAAGAAUGAGCUAUCCGUAAACCUCUUCUCAGAGGAGGACGUGGACAAUUACAUGUUUGACGAUGACGACGAUUCCACUCUGAGCAGUGACGUUUGCUCGCUUAAGAUCCGCUACGAGUCCUUUCAGGACAACAUGAGGGAGAAAACCAAUGUCCUACAAGAGGAGACGCAGUUUAACUUUUUCCCAAGUGUCCUGGUGAGCUGCACAAAGAAAGACAGUGGUGUGGUAAAACGAGUUGAUGAGCUACCACUGAAACCAGAGGAGAUUGGAUUUCAAAAUGGCAGCAAAGGCGAUGGAAGUGACAGCUCCAUAGAGCAGACCCCUGAUUACAGCCCUAAAGUGAACUACUUCAUAGAUUCAAGCAACUCAGCUGAUGACUCGGGGGAGUAUAGUGAUGACAGCUCCUCCACCGUUUCCUCGUUCGACACCUUCCAAGACAACAGGCCUAGAAACUCGUCCUCACAAAAGAAUGCAGGCUGCUCCAACCAUCUAAACUAUGGAUUACGGGCCAAGAGAAAAGUUAGGUACAGUGAUGACUACUUGUAUUACGUCGACUCCAUUGAGGGUGAAAAAAACAUGGAGAAGCGAGACAAGCCACCUAUUGGUCCAAAGCAAGAAGUGGAUGACGACUGGCGCCCUAAAAAGAGACGAAAGUGCUCUCGUAAGGAUCCACCUGUAAUAAUCAAAUACAUUAUCGUCAACAGGUUCAAAGGAGAGAAAUGCAUGGCCGUGAAGCUCAGCAGAAUCGAUUCAGCCGAAGAGACUAUAAGCUUAAAUGAGGACACAAUCAGCAAAUAUGAGAAGCUUGCACCUCUGAAAGAUUUCUGGCAGGAGAAAGAGAGAGAAAGAGAGGAACAGCUUAAGCUGGCAGCAGGAGAUAAACUCAAUUCCCACCAUCACGCUUUUAGUUCCAGUCCCCCCAAACGGAGAAGCAAGCUAGCAAACAGGCUUAGGAUUCAGAGAAUUCAAACUGUGGAGCAAUCACCCAACACGCAGGGUCUCUUUGCCUCUGAUCCCAGGCAGGAAGUUGCUUCUACAGAUGAGACUAGCUCCAUAGGAAGGCCAUUAACAAUAGCCACCAGCUGUGCCUGCACAUUAGACCCAAAUUACAUCAUACACACUGGCGCCCUGAAGAGCAGAUACCAAGAGAGGGAGGGGAGAAUAGGAAAUAAAAUAUUCAGAAUUAAGAAAUUCAGAAGCGAAGCCAGGAUUAGAAGCAAAAAAAUGAGAGACCUCCCAGAGAAUAGCGGGAGCAUGACAGACCUGACAGAAGUUUGCACGCUGCAGAAAAACACAGACGCUGUAGGAGGUGCUGAAGACAAAAAAGGCAGCGCAGCUGCACACUGUCCCCAUUUGCGUGAGAAUCAAACAGCUAAUACUGCUGAAAAAUUUGCUUUUGUCUCUACUGCCUGCUCCCCCAACAAAGGGGCAUCGUCUGAGAAUGUGGCCACAAGUGUCCCUGUUAUCCCUGGGGGCUAUCUACAAACAUUACUAGAUGCUUCGGAUUCUUCUGGAGGUAGCACUGGCAUCUCGUUUUUCCCUCAGCAGUCCCAUACUCAGCUGGAUCUUUCUUUGGAAAAGAGGCAGUUCGCCUCAGUUCAGCUAGCACAAAGCUGUGUACUUUCUCCACCAUCAGAAUCUGAGUCACCCCAGAAUUGUCCAAACCUUGCCCAGAUGUGGCACCCCCAGCUUGGCUCCAAUCAGCAAUUUGCUGCUGCAGAUAUUGCAGAAUCUGCAAUUCAACACAACAGCUUCACUGGCGAGAUGGCCAUGCCAAUGGCCGAGAGUCUGACAUUGUCCGGCUACAACCAGAUGAGUCUAGAGAGCAACAGAAUGCUUUAUGAAAACAAUUACUUGCCCGAGCAGCCAUUGCCUCCUGAUGCUGAGUUUCAAGCUUGUCAGGGACAACCACAGUUUCAAAGAGCCACACUGCACACCGACAAUGGCAGGCUCAUCAGUUUCGACUCAGUUGGCUCCCUGUCAGCUACUUCUAGCAAUUACAGCUCUCUGAGUCUCAAGUCCUGCGAGAAGGAUGGCGAGGAGGAUGUGAAUGAGAACUUUCUGGCCCACUGCAGUCCCAAACUAGUGAUUCAGCAGAGUAUUGAUGCAAUCACCCCCCUGAGGGAGUCCACAGACUUGCUGGAUAUCUCCAACUUCACUCCAGAUAAAUUCAGACACACUUCAUUUUCUGAGCUCUCUCCUCCAGAGACACCCAAUUUAUCCCCUCAAGUUAUGGCCCAUGAGAUGAAGAUCGCUGUGAAGGCCAAUGACCUCCAGAAAGGGGCUAAGAUGUCAUGCACCAAAGAUGUGAAUUGGGGAUGCAACAUGAAAGAGCAGCAUGAUUUGGCUGGUUACUCAGUGGAUGGUCACGAGUAUCAAUUGCAGGUUUUUAAUAGCGGAGACAACUUAAGCCUGGACAAGAAAGAGGCAAAUCAAGCUGACUUUGAUGCAAAGGGGACCAAGUCAAAGAAGAAAAAUAGCAACAAACAGACUGCAGGGCAAUGUACCAAAAAAAGUAAAGCCCCAAGAGCUCCUAAAGCAGAGAAGGGCAAAGUUCCACGUCAGACUUCACGAGUAUCUAAAAAGUUUAAGGCCUUAUUGGAUGAGAAGGGUGGUAAAGGCCAAGCUGAGGGCGCAACUCAACCGCUGAAAGACAGCGGCUCUGAAGAAUGGACUGGAAGUCAAGUCCAUGAUGAGCAACGAGAGUUUGAAGAGCCAUCCAACAUCUUAUCAAACAUUGUCUCAGGGAUGGCUGAAGUGCAGCGAUUCAUGAUGGCCUCUGUCGAGCCAAUUUGGGGUCCUGCUGCAAAUAUGUGCCUACCCUCAGAGGCGAACAGCCUAAAUUUAAAAACUCUCAAAAUCCUAGCAGGAACUUCAUCUGACUCUAAGAAGAAAGGCACUGGAGCAUCUGGGGGUACAAAGAGCAGAAAAGGUGGGACAAAACGUGGCAAGAAUCAGGCAAAGUUUAACACCUCCCUUCCCUUUUUUCCCCAGUUGGCUCUCGGCUGCAACAUGUUCGACAAGCCUAACCUUGGUGCUCCUGGUAUCAAUGGGCCCGCACACAAAAAGAUGUAUCGCCACAAAACAAGUGCAAAAUUCCCUCGGAUUGAGAAUCUAAAGGGCAAGCAACCUGAACAAGACCCAAAUAAGGACAAAUCAUUAAUGGCUUCUUUUGAGAAACUGAGGUAAUAUUUUAUAUCUAGCUGCUGAUGCACGUUUCUCACUUUUCUCAUUUCCUCCUGAGUUCCUGUGAUACCUGACUCGAGAUCGGAGAUGCAUGGAAUUACUUUAUCCUUUUAGUAUCCCCACCUUCUUUUUGCCCCGAUGAAGAUUUUGAUAUCUUGCAUGAGAAACUUCUUGUACUUGCAAACUACCUAUUGAUCCAUUGUGCAAGGCUUGAUUGAGAUUUUCAGUGACCAUGGCUGCAUUUUUUUUAUUCUGCAAUCUUGUUUUUGAUGUCUUUUUUGUUUCUUCCUCACGGAUGUUGAUUCGUUUUUGUCUGAAGAAAAGGAAAAACUUUAAUAAGUGCAAAUUCUCUUUUUUGGACCUUUAUUUUUAUUUUCUCAAGUGAAUCUUGCUGCCCUUUUGUAAUUAGAUUUCUCUCUUCAAACAUGUAGCUUAUUAAAAAAUUGUCUUUGUGUGAAGCAAGCUCCCCAUUUCAUUAUGUAUGCAAAAAAAGGAUGCCCUCUCCUCCCUUUUUACCUUUUUACUGCUUGACUUUAAUUAGGAAAUGCUCAGCCCCUUGUCUAGGAUAAUCAACAUCCUUGGUAUUCCCCUUAAUAUCAAUACCACACAAUGGGACCAUUUUGUAUCAGAUUAACUUUGUUCUGAUUACUUUCUUACUGUUGGAAUGUACUUAUUUUCUCUCUAUCUACUAUGCUUUUUACAGGAGUUGUACUGGAAAUUGUCUUAGAGGGACAUUUCUAUGCCAUGGAAAUCCCAAAAUGCUUCAUUCUCUGUCUUUUUUUUGUUUUUUUACUUUAAUUUAAAUAAUAAUAAUGAUAAUGAUAUAUAGUAUAGAUUGCAACAAUAUAUUAUUACAAAUCGAUUGUUAUUAUUAUUAUUGUUAUUAUUAUUAUUCAGUAUCACUGUACAGAAAUGCACUGUUUAAAGCAAAACAUGGAUCCUAUCAGUGUGCCAAAUGUAAACUCUCUGUGCACAUUAAUUAUCUGUAUGAAAACUAGCCGUUUCAUUUACUAUCACGAUCAGUGCUGGCUGUUCUCUUUCAAGACUUAACAAGAGCUGACAUUUCUCUUUGGUUUGUGUUUUGUUUUCUUUCGGGACCCUAUCAUUUGAAGAGCACCUGCAGCUGACAGUGGUACAACCACUCAACCAAAACUACUUGACUGAAUUUUCUUACUCGUGUCACCUUACUUGCCAAAUUCAAUGUAUCUCAGCACCACUUUUGCUUAUAAUGAAAGAGAGAAGCAGAGAUAGACUCUUCUUAACAUAGAAGAGAACAUGGAUAAUGUUAAUAGAGGGUGGCAUCAGUCAGUAAUAGAACAUCAUGUACUUUAUUUUGUGUAUUUAAGUUGAAAGAGUACUUUUGUUGGUUAAAAAAAACUAUAAAGAUUGUUGGAUUUUCCUGUAUCCCACAUUUAAAAAAUGUUCAGCCUCUAACCCUAACCGUAACCCAUAUAUGAAGGAUAUGGUGGGGUUCAAAAGUGUAAGUCCACAUUGAAAAUAUGUGAUUCAAAAUCAGCUUCAAAGCUGUAAAAAUGUUUUAGGAUUUCGAAAAAAAAAAUUUAAACAAAUAAAAGUUAUGACAUAAAAUGAACGAGAAAUGUAUACGUUUCUGCACUAUUUCUAGGUCACCAAUCAAAUGUAAGCGAAUUUGUGACAUUGACCACAUUAAAGCGAAGAUUCUUAAACCAUGCUGGGAAAACAUCAAUUAUCAUGGGUUUUGCUGAAAGGGGGAUAUAUACACACCAAAUCCCAAAUAGACUUUUGAACCCCACUGUAGGUCAUAACAUGUUUAAAGUAGUAUCAACCUGUAUGAACUUUGGUAAACAUGCUGUUUUUCAUUUGUUAUUAGUGGCACAUAAUUAGAACAUUACCCCUACAAGUUAAGGUUAUCACAAAAUCUUACUUCACUUUACUGUUGUAUGAAAACAUUUCAAACAAAUCAGUGCUUUAAAAAGCAUUGAAUGCUUUGGCAUUUACCACAUUUUAAUAGAUGACACCUUUGAUUUCAAAUGAGUUGUUCUAGUAGAGGAUCUCAGGUAAAGUUAUGCCUUACCUAUAGCUUUCACCUUACAAAGAUUUCACUCUUCCCCCUCUCCACCACCAUGUUUAGGACCAGGAUGAUGUUGAUAUGGAACUGCACAUGGGCUGUACGCCCAUCUUGUCUGCCUUCUCUCAUUUCUGCCUGUUGUCAACUGAAUGUACUUCAUGUUUUUUACUAUGUGCCACUGUUAAGCUGCCUCCUCCUACUGGUGCUAAGAGGGUCAUUUUAUUCUCCCAUAAAUCAUAAAACAAGGAUUACAAGAAGUGAAAACCCUGCUCCCUCUCUUUAUGAAUGUACAAUAUAUGGUUCUGUUUGAUGUAUUCACAACAUUGUCAUUAAUUGGAAUUGCUUUUGCCUUUUCGUUGGAGAAAUUAUUGAGCUUUAUAAAUAUUGUCUAGAGUUGAUACCAGAGGGAUUCUUAAUUAACUCUCAACAUGACAAAAAUAUUGUAUAUUUUUCUCCGUGCCAAUUUGUAAGAUAUUUUGUAAGUGUUUAUUUUUCUUAGAAAGUGCUGUGAAGUAUUAGUGUGUGUGUGUGUGUGUGUGUGUGUGCGCGCGCGUGUGUGUGUGUGUGACCUUUUUUGUGCCUCUGUAGGCAGUGAAAAGGAUGUAUAAUGACAAGGUUUUGGUUUUAAAAACCAAAAUAUUAAGGAACACAAAAAAGUAAAAAAUCUACAUUUUGUUGAAGUUUUGUAAGCGGGAAAUUAUCUUGUUGUGAGAGUGUUUGUGUUAUUGUGGAAAACACAUAUAGGCAAAAAACGAAUGCAUAAAAAAAUGUGAACUAUUUGCUGUUUUAUAGAUUUUCUUGUAAAUUAUUCUUGUAUUAUUUUAUGUUGUAUCUGUUGAAAAGGUUUUAAAUAUUUGUGAUCAAGCCUGUAUGGUGAAAUGUAAUAUUGGUAACUUGCUGAGUUUUGUAAUAAUGUUUAUGGAGUACAUAUACAAAAUUAAAAUGAGAUUUUGA